GGAGAGAGAUAGGCAGAAGUUUUAGAGGAGAGAUGGAGAGAGGAAAGCGAGAGUGAGAGCGAGAGUGAGAGCGAGAGAGUGAGAGCGAGAGCGAGAGAGAGAGAGAGAGAGAGACAGGCAGAAGUGUGAGAGGCGAGAUAGAGGAGAGCGAGAGUGAGAGUAAAAGAGUGAGAGCGAGAGAGAGAGAGAUUUCAAAACAUUUCAAGCAGACAACCUAAGAAAAUCAACAACAAUGACAAAUGGUUUGAUGAAGAAUGCAAAAACCUAAGAAAGAAAUUGAAAAACCUAUCCGACCAAUAACAUAGAGUCCCAGAAAACCUGAGCCUACGCCUUCACUAUGGUGAAUCACUAAAACAAUACAGAAAUACACAACGGAAAAUGAUGGAACAGCACGACAGAAAUCAGCUCAAUGUAAUUGGAGAAUCCGUAUAAUUUAGGAAAGAGAAGAGAGAGAAGAGUUUAGGAAAAAGAAGAGAGGAGAGUUUAGGAAAGAGAUGAGGUUAGGACAGAGAAGAAAGAGGAGGCUAGGAAAAAGACGAAAUAAGAGACCAACAUCCCCUUUCUCCAGAAUGUUCUGAGUAAUCACCAAUUUCUACACAGUACAGUGGACACUCAGUUUAUAGAUGAGAACCAGAACCUGUUUAUCAUGAAGCCGGUCCAGAACAGGGCACAGAAACUACUGCACUACCUGGGUCAUGUGAUGGUGAACGGACCAACCACACCCAUUCCUGUCAAGGCUAAGCCCUCCUCCAUCGACCCCGUCAUCCCUACUGUACCCAUGGGUGAGCCGUCGUUAGGGUUCCGUGACGUCCUGCUCCGUGAGGGUCCAGAGGGCUUUGCCAAGGCAGUGAGAGCCCACCCUGGUCUACUGCUCAUGGACACUACCUUCAGGGACGCCCACCAGUCCCUCCUGGCCACCAGGGUGCGAACUCACGACCUGAAGAAGAUAGCACCCUACGUCUCACAUAGCUUCAACAACCUGUUCAGCCUGGAGAACUGGGGAGGAGCUACAUUUGACGUGGCCAUGCGGUUCCUCUACGAGUGUCCCUGGAAGAGGCUCCAGGACCUGAGAACCUUAGUGCCCAACGUUCCCUUCCAGAUGUUACUGAGAGGAGCUAACGCUGUAGGAUACACUAACUACCCUGAUAAUGCAGUGUUCAGGUUCUGUGAAGUGGCGAAGGAGAAUGGCAUGGAUAUAUUCCGUGUGUUUGACAGUCUCAACUACCUUCCUAACAUGAUACUGGGCAUGGAAGCAGCAGGCAGAGCAGGAGGGGUGGUGGAGGCUGCUAUCUCCUACACAGGAGACGUAUCAGACCCCAUGAGACAGAAGUACUCUCUGGAGUACUACGUUAACCUGACUGAGGAACUGAUGAAGGCUGGGACUCACGUGCUGUGUAUCAAGGACAUGGCCGGUCUGUUGAAGCCGGAGUCCAGCCGAAUCCUGAUCAGUGCCUUGCGCGAUCGUUUUCCUGACGUUCCCAUCCACGUCCACACACACGACACAGCAGGGGCUGGAGUAGCCGCAAUGCUGGCCUGCGCUGAGGCCGGGGCCGACGUAGUGGAUGUCGCGGUGGACUCCAUGGCAGGGAUGACGUCACAGCCCAGCAUGGGAGCCAUGGUGGCCUGCACCAAAGGAACCAAACUCGACACUGGUAUUGCCUUACAAAAGGUGUUUGAUUAUAGUGAGUACUGGGAGGUGACUAGAGGGCUGUAUGCUCCCUUUGACUGCACUGCUACCAUGAAGUCAGGUAACGCUGAUGUGUAUGAGAAUGAGAUUCCAGGCGGUCAGUACACCAACCUUCACUUCCAGGCCCACAGCAUGGGGCUGGGAAACAAGUUUAAACAAGUCAAGAAGUCCUACUCAGAGGCUAACAAACUACUGGGGGAUCUGAUCAAGGUGACUCCCAGCUCUAAGAUUGUAGGAGACCUGGCUCAGUUCAUGGUCCAGAACAACCUGACGAGAGAGGAGGUGGAGGAAAGAGCUGAUGAGCUGUCCUUCCCUCUGUCCGUGGUGGAGUUUCUACAAGGACACAUUGGGAUACCGCAUGGAGGCUUCCCCGAACCAUUCAGGACCAAGGUUCUAAAAUCCCUCCCCCGUAUCGAGGGCCGUCCCGGCGCCACCCUUCCCCCGCUGGACUUCGAUGCCCUGGAGGCCGGGCUUCGUUUGCUGCACGGUGAUGACAUCACAGAGGAGGAUGUCAUGUCAGCGGCCAUGUAUCCCAAGGUGUUCGAGGAGUACAAGGAGUUCACAGGGAGCUUCGGUCCCGUCGACUGCCUCAGCACACGACUCUUCCUGGACGGACCCAAGAUAGCAGAGGAGUUUCAGGUGGAGAUAGAGAGGGGGAAGACGUUACACAUCAAGGCCCUAGCGGUGGGAGACCUGAAUAAGACAGGUCAGAGAGGAGUGUUCUUUGAGCUCAACGGGCAGCUGCGGUCAGUCCUGGUCAAAGAUAAUGUGGCCAUGAAGGAGAUGAAGUUUCAUCCUAAGGCUCUGAAGUCCGUCCGGGGUCAGGUAGGGGCACCCAUGCCCGGAAAGGUCAUCGAGGUCAAAGUUGAGCCUGGUCAGAAGGUGGAGAAGGGUCAGCCACUUUGUGUUCUGUCAGCUAUGAAGAUGGAGACUGUGGUCAACUCUCCGCUGACUGGGGUUGUCACGGUGAUCCAUGUGAACACUGAUACUAGUCUGGAAGGAGAUGACUUGAUAUUGGAAAUCACUGCAGAGGAGUAGAGAGGAGUAGGAGAGAGAGAGACAGAGAGACAGAGAGAGAGGAGGAGGAAGAGGAGGAGGAGGAGGAGUGAGAGAGACAGAGAGACAGAGAGAGAGAGAGAGAGGCAGAGAGAGAGAGAGAGAGAGAGAGACAGAGAGAGAGAGAGAGAGAGAGAGAGACAGAGAGACAGAGAGGGAGAGAGAGAGAAAGAGAGGAGUAGAGAGGAGCAGGAGAGAGAGAGAGAGAGAGAGAGAGAGAGAGAGAGAGAGAGAGAGA